AUGUUUCGCAUACUGGCAUUCGCCAUCCUUAUCUUGUCUAUCAUGUCUGCCACCAACGCGCAAUCCUGUCAGCCCUGGGAGGGGUUCGUUGAAAACAAUGGCGUUCGCACGCACUACCGCGCAGCUGGCUCCGGUCCUCUUCUACUGCUCGUUCACGGGUUCCCAGAUAACUCGGACACCUUCUACCACCAAGUCCCAGAACUGUCGAAGCAUUAUACCGUUGUAACUCCAAGACUUCGCGGAUUUCCACCCAGCGAUGUACCGGACGACGAAGACGCCUAUGCCUUGCCAAACGUCGUAGGGGACCUUGUCACACUCAUCAUGCACUUCAAUGCCCGACAAGUCAUCCUGGGCGGCCAUGACUUCGGUGCAGCAGCCAUUCAGGUUCUAGCACUUUCGAAACCAGAGCUCGUCUCCGGUCUACUUCUGAUGAACCCACCUAUCCUUCCACGGUUCCAGGAAUUAAUCAAUUUCGAUCCCGAGCAACAGAAGGCCUCCGAGUACACAAUCCACUUCCAGAAGUACCAGAUCGGCGACGACAAAGAAGUGGUGGAUAAGGCCAAAUUCAUCAGAGAUCCCGCGCGUCGUAAGGAGAUCGAAGAAUAUCUAACCGCAUCUCCAAUAAACGGCAUGAUGGCAUAUUACAAGAAGAACUAUCCUGCGCCGCCAUAUGGUCAGACAUCUCCAUUGCAAAAUGCGUCGUACUCAGUCCCGUCGUUGAUCCUUUGGGGCGUGGAGGACGAAUACUUCAUCCCAAAGAUGGUAGACGGCAUUCCAAAGGUUUUCCCCGGCGGAGCACGUCUGGUCACUUUUCCGAAAGCGGGACAUUGGGUAUUCCAGGACGAGCCACGGAAAGUGAAUCGAGAAAUAGCUUCUUGGCUGGACGAGUUGAAACUGCAGGAGUGA